UGGUUGGGAGGAUUAAAGAAUAAACGAGGAAGAUGGAGAUGGGAAUGGACAGAAUCAAGAAUCCCAAUGAGAGCCUUUAAAUGGGGCUGGGCGUCAGAAUAUCCCCGAGCUCUGGAGACAGAUGAUACUGCUGCCUGUUUGUCUAUCCGUGGUCGUGGGACGGAUACUGGACUCAAGGUUUGGGAAGAUACUGACUGUGGAGAGAAACUGAACUUUGUCUGUGAAUAUUUAUGGAUUCAGGAGUAUAUUGAAGAGCAGAAGGAUGAGAGUGGAGAGAGAGAAGGACGGAUGAUGACAAGGAAGGAGAAGGAGGAGAGGAUGAAGAGGAACCUGGAGCUAAACCUCGUCAAGGUGGCAGAAAUCAGACAAAGCAGAGCUUUUAACCUGACAAACAGUUGGACAUAAGCCAGAUAAUCAGUGAGCAAUAUAUCAGCUGAUCCGAUUUGCAUGAACUACUAAGCUCAUUUUAAAUUAGCUGAAUAAUCAGUUAUCAUGAAUCAUAUAUAUCAUAUAAUUUAAAGCCUAACGUCCGUUGAUCAUGAACUAAAUAAUAUGAAUCUGCAGUUCAUGAUAAGUUAGUCAUGAACCAGUUGUGUUUCAACAGCGUAACAUUUGCCAUUGGUUUUAGAGAACCCGCUGAUCAUGAACCAACUGAUCAUGCACCAGCUGAUCAUGAACCAGCUGAUCAUGCACCAACUAAUCAUGCACCAGCUGAUCAUGAAUCAACUAAUACUAAAUCAGAAAAUCAUAGCUAGCUGAUCAUGAACCAGAUAAUCAUAAUCCACAUUAUCACUAACCAGAUGAUCAUGAACCACAUAGCUAUGAACCAGUUGAUCAUAAACCAUGACUGACUAUUAAGCAGCUGAACUAUCUGAUAAUGAUCAUGAACGUGAAUUAUUCUGUAUGUUACCUCUCACAAUUGUUAUCUAAUGCACAUAUUUAAAGAACUGAAAAUAAAAUAAUUUUCUUAUUACAC